UCGCAUCAAAGAUGCGACUACAUUCGGUUUUGUGCGGAGCUGCGUUCAUCCUGUUCUUCGCGCUAGUAACGGUCAGCGAUGGGCAUAAGAUUCUGUUUCUUGCCCCAUUUCCCGGGCCGAGCCACUGGCUGAUGAUGAAGCAUUUCAUUCGCGCACUGUCCGAGCGCGGACACGAAGUAACGACCAUUACGGCAUUCCCGUUCGGGGAACCGUUGCCAUCGCUCUACAAUGAAGUGCUUAUCGAUCCACCGUAUCCGAUUCGGAAGACGUUCCCGGUUGAGAGUCUGUUCGAGGCGAGCCAAUCAAGCGAUUUCACCAAGCUCGCCAUGUACUGGGACCUCGGUAUCAACACAAGCCGCCACGGGCUCGAAUCGGAACCCGUCCGCCAGUUUAUCAACCGACGUGAUCUCACCUUCGACCUGAUCCUCGCAGAGCAGUUCUUUCAAGAAAGUUGGCUCAUGUUCGCCCACCAAUAUGGUGCCCCGAUCGUUACCAUUAGCACGUACGGGUAUUCGGACUUUUUCGACCGCAUCAUGGGCCUACGGACGCCACUGUCUUUCGUGCCUCACAUGGUCUUCUCGUACGAAGACGAUAUGACCUACCAGCAGCGUGUGUACAACGUCAUCGUUUCGAUGUACGAUGCAUUCUGCCGCAGAUAUUACUAUCUACCGGAACAGGAUCGGUUGGCGGCGCAAGCCUUUGGUUCCAUAGCGGGCACUGGAACGCUGCCCAGCGUGGCAGACCUGGAACGAUCAAUCUCCCUGAUACUGGUCAAUAGCCAUCCGAUUCUGAGUCGCCCAAGACCCUCGAUUCGCGGACUGGUCGACAUCGGGGGAGCGCACAUCCGUCCGGCACGACCGCUGGAUCCGGAGUUGCGCGCGUUCAUCGACGGGGCAGGGGCGCAUGGGGUCAUCUACUUUUCGCUCGGUGCGUACAUGCAGAGUUCGGUCAUGCCGGAAGAGAAGCGUCGAACGAUCCUGAAAGUAUUUGCCAGCCUACCCCAGCGCAUCAUCUGGAAGUUUGAAAGCGAUGGGCUGCUGAAGGACGUGCCAUCGAACGUGCUGAUACGCAAGUGGGCUCCGCAGAACGACAUCCUGGCGGAGAAGAACGUGCGCCUGUUCAUCUCACACGGCGGUCAGUUUGGAACGUUCGAAACGAUGCACCAUGGCGUUCCGACACUGUUCAUACCAUUCUUUGGUGAUCAGCAACGAAACGCGGACCGAGCGAUAAGGGCCGGGUUUGCGCGAAAAAUGGACUUCAACUCCAUCACCGAGGACACGUUCGGAGGUAACAUUCGGGCACUGAUCGAGGACAAGCGAUACUACGAGCAGGCAAAGAAAGUGGCUGCCCUGUUCACGGACACGCUUGUCGAUCCGAUGGAAGAGUCGAUCUUCUGGAUCGAGUACGUGGCCCGACACGGCGGAGCACCGCACCUGAAGUCUCGAGCCGUGAAUCUGAGCUGGUUCACGUACUACAACUACGAUUUGGUGGUUGUCCCCUUCGUGCUGCUUCUCCUGACGGUCUAUUGGCUACAAAAACGAUUCCGACCCAUAGCUCAAAAACCCCAAGAAUCCAAAGGAAGCCAGAGAAAAUCUCGCGAAACAAAGCGCUAGAAUCAUUUGCAAUAUUUCAGGUAAAAAGCUGGCGAAAUAAAAUGUGU